AAACGCACAAAAUAUUGCGAAUUUGAGCUUUUCUUAUUUUUUGGAUGUUAGCCAGCUAGCGUAUUAAUCGCUCUAGAUUCAGACUACACACAUUUGGGUUCAACGAUCAUAGUACACGCUCAAUGUUUUGAAUCUCUCAUAACAAAAUUGAUAGUCUAGCGACGAAGACGUAUUAGUGAAUUCUCUUAGCUCUACGAUAACUGUACACUAUAGUGCAGUGAAUAGAGCAGUGAAAAUGUUGGGUAGAAAAUUUGGAAUAUUUAACUGUUCGACUAAUUUCAAUCAAGAAAAACAAAGCAAAGCAGACCCAGGAGAAUAUUUUAAAAGAAAUUACAAUGUUGGACAACUUUUAGGAAGUGGUGGUUUUGGACAAGUAUACAGUGGGACACGCAGGAAAGAUAAUCUACCAGUUGCCAUAAAAAAAGUUUACAAGAACAAAGUCACAGAAUGGGGACAGCUAAAUGGAUGCAAUGUUCCUAUGGAAAUUUGUUUAUUGAAGAAAGUAUCACAAUUAAACGGAGUUAUAAAGAUGUUGGACUGGUUAGAUGCUGGAAUGGCAUAUAUUAUUAUUAUGGAACGACCAGAACAAGUGAAGGAUUUAUUUGACUACAUCACUGAAAAGGGUGCUCUUGACGAAAAUACAGCAAAAAACUUUUUCCGCCAAAUUUUGGAAUCUGUUUCAAAUAUUCACAAAGCUGGAGUAGUUCAUAGAGACAUUAAAGAUGAAAAUAUUCUUGUGGAUUUAAAAUCUGGUGAAUUGAAGCUCAUAGACUUUGGAUCUGGUGCAUUCUUAAAGGAUACCGUCUACCUCACAUUUGAUGGAACUCGAGUCUACAGUCCGCCAGAGUGGAUUCAGUACCAUCGUUAUCAUGGCAGGUCAGCAACAGUUUGGUCAUUGGGAAUCCUUCUCUUUGACAUGGUUUGCGGUGAUAUCCCUUUUGAGAGAGACGAACAGAUUGUAAAAGCUGAAGUUGACUUCAACAACUGCAAAAACAAAGUCUCAUACGAAGUACAAGACCUCAUCAAAAAAUGCCUCUCAAUUCGUCCAUCAGACCGUCCAAGCAUUGAAGACAUUCUUGAACAUCCAUGGAUGAGAGACUCUAUUUAUAUGCAUUCAACUAGUCAAAAAGACAAAAUCAUUCGAAAUAAUAGUGAAACUGAUUCUAUUGAUGGACAGUCAAUGAGUAGCCAGGAAUCUGUUGCCAUCGAAUGAUGAUGGCCCAAGUGACUAGGAUGAACAAAUUCCAAAGUAUAUUGUGCAAUCCAGCAUAUUCACUGCCGAAACUCAGGGAACAUUAAUGCAUUUCGAUUCUAGGGAUUUUAUGCCUGGAAUAUAUCAUAAACAUGUGAGGAGUCCUUUCUGCAAAGCAGAGACUUCUGAGGGUGGACUUAUUUAUUUAGCUCUGCUAAGCAGACUGUAUGAAUUCAGUAUAGACGUGUACAUCAUCCAUGUAGUGGAAUAAUUGUUAAUUGAAUGAAUGAAUGAUAAGUUAUUUAUUUGCGUAAAUGUAAGACCAGUGGUUAAAAUUGGUCACAAGUGAUAGAUGUAUAGCAUUUUAUCCAUGUGUGAAACAAUGUAUUUAUGUAUCAUCCAGGACUGAAUAAUUUUUCGGAAUUCAUCCAGUUCGAAAACUGCCAUUUCAAUGCAAUGUAUGAUAGAAAAUGUCAGUUUUAUCAUGAAAGCUUCUAAAGUUUAUUUAAAGGUCAUUCCAAAGAUUAAAAGUUACAUUGUCAGUUUUCAAUUAGGUGCUGUUACACUGUAUCAUCAUUUCCAAGCCGAUUUACCUGCCAAAUUUUAUAAUUGUAUUAUCUGAUACUUGCUCAUGAUAUGUGUCGAAACGUAGCUAUUUCUCUUUUAUUCUUUGAAAAACAUCAGAUUUUAUUGAAUUUUUAAACGCUUGCAAUUAACUAACAUCGAAAACGAAUGCGAACGAUAACAAUUCUAUUUGUAGAAUUUGUUUAAAGUUGUAGUCUUUUUUUCACCAAGACCAAACAAGCA